ACAGCUGCAUAUUUAGGAGUGGGAAUUUGACAACCACCUGAAAUGAUGAUGGCUGGAUCUUACUGAUGAUAAUAGUAUACAAAAAAUUACAGUAUUUAUUUCCCAAUAAAUAAAAAUAAACAAAGAUCAACUCUGACCCAUCUGUCUGGUGGCCCACUGUCCCCCAGAUAGCUCUGUUAUAUUCUCCUAUGGCAGCAAACUACUGUAAAAACCUUCCAGUCUGCCUCUCCAAUUUGUCUACCACACCCUGUCUUUCAAGGGCUGAACUCAGACCCCUGGAACAAGCUAUACCCAGCAAGGUGGUGCAAUACGACUUUUGCAUGAACCACAGGGGACAAGACACAGUGUCAGCUCUGUUUGGAAAGAAUAACCGUGUAGUCUCCAAGCAAGUCCCUCACUGUGCUUAGACCUGUGAGGCCUGCAGGGAACCGUAGGACUGAAGAUGUAGACUUCUGCCCUAGUUUCAUUUCCUAUUUCUAUGGCUAAAAGAGAAAAAAGAAACCUCACAAAAACAACAUAAUAGAUGAAGGGUUAACUUGGCUCACAGUUCCAGGCUACUGUCAUGGGAUGUCACAGUGGCAGGAACUCGACACAGCUGAGCACCUCUCCAGUCAGGAGCAAAGAGAAUGCAUGCAUGCUUGUGCUCAGCCCCCUCGCUCUGCCCCCCACUAAUGCAGCUCAGGAUCUCCUACUUAGGAAAUGGUGCAGACCCCAGUGGGCUUUCCAUACCAACUGACAUAAUCAAGACACUCUCCCAUAGGCCCUGUGGUCUAGACAGCCCCUCACUGAUGCUCUCUUCCUACGAUUCUAAAUUGUGUCCAGUUGGCUGAAUUAACCAUCCUGGUUUUCUGUACUCUGGGGUUCCUGUGGCUCCUCUGAUGUCCUCAGCAAUCUUCUUUGCUUGUUUCCACCAACAUGUCGUAGUUUAUUUGUUGUGUUGGCCGUGAGAUGAGUGUCAGUGUUUCUCCUUGACCAUUGCUCUGGCAUUGCUCUCCAGGGACUUUUACAAAUGAGCGAAAGACAAAAACACAAUCUGUAUUCCUCAUUUCUAACUAUGUUUCUCCACGCGCCCCCGAGUCUGUUUACACUGAACAGGACUUUGCUCUUACAGAGGUCAGUGUCCUUCAUGGAUGUGUCUAUAGACUUCAGCAGAGACGAAUGGCAGCACCUAGACCCCCACCAAAGGAGCCUCUACCGGGACGUGAUGCAGGAGACCUACAGUCACCUGCGCUCAGUAGAAGAAUUGCAGCAAACUGGUGGCCAGAAAGAGACCUGUCAGCAAAUAGAAAAUAAGUCGGCAAGUGAUGUUAUCUUCAUCAAGAAGACACUGGAUACAAAGAGUCGUUGUGGACCUAAGGUCAUUAGAAAAAUAAUUCAUGUGAACCCAUACAUUGUUCUGCCCCCCAAAAGACCCCAUCAGUGUGACUCACUUGGGAAUGAUCUGAAGCAUAAUUUAGAAUUACAGAGUCAUAAUGAAAAUAACGGGCCAGAGAGAAUUAAAAAGAUUACUGAAUAUGAUAAAAAUUCAUCUUAUACCAAUGCUGAGCAUACUGUAACAGGAAAGAAAUUAUGGGACCAAAAUCAAUGUGGAAAAGCCCUCAAUUAUGAACAAGUACCUUAUCAAUAUCAGAAAAUUUAUAUUGGAGAGAAUUCAUAUGAAUGUGCUGAAUUUGGAAAGCUCUCCACCCAGAAGUCACAGUUCAAAGUACAUAUGAAAUCUCAUACAGGAGAAAAACUUUAUGUAUGUGUUGAAUGUGGGAAGGCAUUUUCACAAAAGCCAGAAUUCAUUACACAUCAGAAAACCCAUACUAGAGAGAAACCCUAUAAAUGCAAUGACUGUGGAAAGUCCUUUUUCCAAGUCUCUUCUCUCUUCAGACAUAAGCGGUUUCACACUGGAGAAAAGCUCUUUGAAUGCAGUGAGUGUGGGAAAGGCUUCUCCUACAACUCAGACCUCAUUAUCCAUCAGAAAAUCCACACAGGAGAGAGACAUCAUGCAUGCACUGAGUGUGGCAAAGCCUUCACACAGAAGUCCACACUCAAGAUGCACCAGAAGAUCCAUACAGGAGAGAGAUCCUAUAUAUGUAUCGAGUGUGGACAGGCUUUCAUCCAGAAGACACACUUGGCUGCACACCGCAGAAUUCACACAGGAGAAAAGCCAUAUGAGUGCACUAACUGUGGAAGGUCCUUCAUUUCCAAGUCACAGCUCCAGGUCCACCAGCGAAUUCACACAAGAGUGAGGCCCUAUCUGUCUGCUGAGUAUGGGGAAAUCUUCAAUGGUAGUUCCAACCUCAUUGCACUUAAAAAAGCUCAAGUGAGAGAGAAAUCUUCCGUCUGCACAGAAUGUGGGAAGGCCUUUACCUACAAGUCAGAAUUAAUCAUUCACCAGAGAAUUCACACCGGAGAGAAACCUUAUCAGUGUAGUGACUGUGGAAAAGCCUUCACCCAGAAGUCAGCUCUCACAGUGCACCAAAGAAUCCAUACAGGAGAAAAAUCAUAUGUGUGCAUGAAAUGUGGGCUGGCUUUCAUCCAAAAGGCACACUUGGUUGCACACCAGAUAAUCCAUACUGGAGAAAAACCUUAUAAAUGUGGUCACUGUGGAAAACUCUUUACGUCCAGGUCCCAACUCCAUGUACACAAACGAAUUCACACAGGAGAAAAACCUUACGUGUGCAGUAAAUGUGGGAAGGCAUUCACUAACAGGUCAAAUCUCAUCACACAUCAGAAAACACAUACAGGAGAAAAAGCCUAUGUAUGUUCAAAGUGUGGAAAGGCCUUCACUCAGAGGUCAGACCUGAUGAUACACCAGAGAAUUCAUACCGGAGAGAAACCAUAUAGCUGCAGUACCUGUGGGAAAGCCUUUACCCAGAAGUCACACCUCAAUAUACACCAGAAAAUUCAUACUGGAGAGAGACAGUAUGAAUGCCACGAAUGUGGAAAAGCCUUCAAUCAGAAAUCAAUACUGAUUGUGCAUCAGAAAAUUCAUACAGGGGAGAAACCCUACGUGUGUACUGAAUGUGGGCGAGCUUUCAUCCGAAAGUCAAACUUCAUCACUCAUCAAAGAAUUCAUACCGGAGAGAAACCUUAUGAAUGCAAUGACUGCGGGAAGUCCUUUACUUCUAAAUCUCAGCUCCUGGUGCACCAGCCAAUCCACACAGGUGAGAAACCUUAUGUGUGUGCUGAGUGUGGGAAAGCCUUUAGUGGCAGGUCAAAUCUCAGUAAGCACCAAAAAACUCACACAGGGGAGAAACCCUACGUCUGUUCGGAAUGUGGGAAGACCUUCAGACAGAAGUCAGAGUUGAUUACACAUCAUAGAAUUCAUACUGGAGAGAAGCCUUAUGAGUGUAGUGACUGUGGGAAAUCAUUCACUAAGAAAUCACAGCUUCAAGUGCAUCAGCGAAUUCAUACAGGAGAGAAGCCUUACGUGUGUUCUGAAUGUGGGAAGGCCUUCACUGAUAGGUCCAACUUAAAUAAACACCAAACAACACACAGUGGAGAUAAACCUUAUAAGUGUGUAGUCUGUGGAAAAGGCUUUGUUCAGAAGUCAGUGCUCAGUGUGCAUCAGAGUAUUCACACUUAAACAUUAUGAGGAAAAACUCACUGAGGUCUUGUCUUACUGUAAUUGUUGUUUCUGUGAAAUGGGAUGCUAUGUAUAUUAUUGUAAGUAAAAAUUAUUGUAACGUAAGUGACAGUGCAACACAUUACUGCUCAGAAAAGGACCCAGAGAAGGACCUUUCUACAUGCCAAGAAGAAACUGCAUCCAUUUGAUACAAUAGAAACUUUCUCAUGAAGAAAUUCAGUGGAACACUUACCAAGUUCUUCACAAGGACGACUGUGUUAACCAUGUUAAUGAGAAUACUGUUGGGAUAGAUAUAGUGCCAACUAAUUGAAUGAUGAAACCAUAUAAUACACAUGAUAGCAAGUCUUUUUUCUGUCAGUUAUUUGUUGCAAACAUUAACAGACCUGUGGGUGUGUUUGCAUUCUUGGUUGAAUCUAACAUAUUUAUGCAUACCCAGUACUUCUGUUGAGAGACAUAUACUACAUGAUGGGGCAUGGCAUUUCAUGUCUCUAAUUCCAGCCUUUGGAAGGGCAGAGGCAGAAGGGUCACCAUGACUUCAAGGCUAGUCUAAGCUACAGGGUAAGACCCUAUCUCAAAAAUGAGAAAGACCACAAUAAAAACAUAUACUAACAAAAACUUCAGAGUGUAAGUGGAUUCUCAUUGCCAUUUAUACCAGGACCUGUAACCCACUUCAUAAGGUACCAGUUGUCAGUGUCACAGCUCUGGAGGGAAGGAUUACCCUGGCCAUCAAACGCCAGGUUAUACCUACAGCUCAAAAGGGAAAAGUAUCCUGGCUGUUAGAAGCCAGGCUAUACCUCUGAGUGUUACAGCUCUGAAGAGAAAUGCAUCCUGGUUGUCGGAAGCAGUAUCUAUAACUCCGAAGGGAAAGGUAUCCUGGCUGCUGGAAGCCAGGACACCUACAACGUUGUUCUGAUGGCUUCCCCAAGGAAUGUAGCAGUCCUGCCCCACUCUGCUAGGGGAGUUCCCCCACAGAAUGUAGCAGUUCUGCUCGUGCUCUGGCAAAACUACUCCAGAGAAAGAAGGUCAUCCCCUAAACCUUUUUCAGGAGAUUUAUUGGGAGGGCGAAAUCCAGAAGUUUGGCUGCCUCUGCUGGGGUGGAAAAGGGCAACUCCCAACUGAACAGGUAUAGGACUUAUUUAGGGCUUCUUAGGGGUGGAGUUUUUCAAGGUGGGAAUUGGUCAGGUUUCAGUCCCUGAGCUUGACAACCUCAGAGAUUGGAUGGUUUUGUGCU